AUGCAAUCCCGUCCCGAGCGCCUCCUUCUGGGCGGAGUCACCCUUUGGGCCGGCUACCGCGUCGCAAGCGCAGAGUAUUCGUGGUACCAGCGUGCUGGGUCCUCGACCGACGACCCCAAGUACUCCACCGUGAAGCAAGAAGAAGGUUUCUGGAACAAAGCCCUUUUCACUUACUACCUGCCGGAAGCCGUCGUUGCCACCAUCGUCGCUCUCCCAUUCACCGCACCCUUCCGCCACCAAGGCGCUGUCAUGAGCGGCUACCACCCCAUCCUGCAGAGCACGGCUGUCGGCAUCUACACCGCUGGUUUCGCCCUCGAGGUGCUCGCGGAUUACCAGAACAAGGGGCAAAGCCAGUCUACAAGCACCGAUAAAGAUAGCAUCUGGAGUGUUUUGACAAACCCAAAGAAUCUUGCCUCCACCGCUGUCCUCUCCUCGUUCCCUCUGCUGCUCUACUCCUCCGACAUGCUCGCGCCAAUUGAGCUUCUGGGUCCCCUCACCUACUACCUUUUCCACCGCUACACCUACUCCUCCACGACGCCCGAGUCCGACGUGGAAGCCGCCAAAUCUGCCGCCAAGGACGUCAAGGAGGGCCGGGUCGAUUACAAGGCCGAGGCGGAGGAUGCGAAGGACGAAGCCGCAAAGAUCAUCCAGAAUAAGAGCUUCCUCUCCGUCUUGGCCGUUGGCACGCUUGUGGGUAUCCUGGAGGGAUUCACACACGGGAGCGCUUUGCGAUUCGGCGAAUAA